UCGUUUCCUUCUCAACAAUACUAUGACAGCUCGAACUUAAUCAAUUGAUUUUUAAUUUGUGAUGUGAUGUUUUGCUAUGGUUUCACAGCAUUUAUUAACAAUAUUUCGUCAAUAUAAUCAAAUCUAAUUCAUGGUUAACAAAUAUACUAGAAUUGAACUACAAGAUGCAACGCAAUCAGAAAAAUUUGAAUUACUACGGUGCCACCCAGAUCAAAGAGUUUGGAGUCUUUUUGGACAGUUAUGAUGUGCAGCUGCAGCGUCUCGCAUCGAACAUAAGUCUUGAAGAACCUAAGACACCCACGGUAUCGAUUCGGUUGGAUACCUCAAAGGAGGAUCUCAGCUGCAUCCAGCUAGUGGACACCGACAAUAAAAUCCUGAACAAAAUUCUGUACACAUUUAGUGCGCUGUGCCACGAGGUUGACUCGCUGCGGGAUGAGUUCGAAGAGAUGGUCCGGGAGUUCCAGUGUUUCGACGAAUCGCUGGACGAUAACACGGAACAGCUACGUGAGGAGAGCCUGGUCACCUUGGACCGAUCGUCACUGUUGGCCAUCAGUGGUAGAAUUGAGUUGCUUACCCGGAUCAAGUGCUACUUUGAGCGCAUCGUGGAGGUGUCCGUGACGAUUGUGCUGCAGCUGGGAGCCCUGUUUGAUCCGUCCAACAAGUUUGGCCACUUUAAUCAUUCCAGCUGGGAGUUGGACUUAAUGUUCAACUAUAUAGCAGAUUUAAUGUUCAUGCCUUUGCUGUUCGAUGUAGUUUUGACCAACUCGAAGUUUAAAACGUACUGGAAAUUUUACGUCAAGCAGAUUCGCGCCCUCAAGUUGAAUCCUAAGAAGCUCUCAAAGCCGGUCAAAACCGAUCAGAUCUACGAUCUGAACAAGGCAAUAGAUGAAAUUGCUAUUUGGUUGGACGAGAAUGCCUACAAGCACGUACUAGAGGCCAUGUUUAACGCCAAGCAGAAACUAGUGAUGGAAUCGGCCACAGUGUUUGCCGAUAGGUUUCUUAAGUAUCUCAAACAGCGCACGACUGAAGCAGCUGGGCUCAGUGCCAGUUUGUCUAGCAACGAUGAGACUACGACAGUCGUGAAGCUCAACGCAAUGAUCAACUUGUACCAUUAUAUGUUUGUCAGCAUCGAUAAGUCGGUGCUCAAAGGUUUGAUGGAUGUCAAUGAAAAGUUUUGUGGCGUCCCUCUGAUGGGAAAAGUACUCUGGAUUCCGGAUGAUUUCUUCCGCAAAUAUGGUCACAAGACGAUUCGAGACUGUGAUCGUAACGAUUACCGCAAGGCACGAGAUGCCCAUCUGACGUAUCGCCGGAAGAGUUUGGCCAAGGAUAUUCUCGUGUACUGCAUUCAGAUCAGCAGUUGGUUGGUGCGAAUUGGAGCUGCUUUCAAAAGUACCAAACACGACACCACGCUGGACGUGUUGCGCCAAAAGUGUGGACUGAUUUUCGAGGGAAUUCAUUACGCGCAGGAAAUUAGCUUUCUCGUACAGUCGGUCACUUCGCUGCACUGGUACAUGCAGGAAUCCAUCAAUAGGCACAUGUUUCAGGCAGUUGGAAAGCUGCUCGAAUAUCUGCAGUGCGUGAACAAUUUUUUCGAUAGCAACCAGCAAGCGAUAGCAGAAACGAACCAGUUUAUUAUCCAGCAUUUGCAGCACAAGAUUUUUAUAAUUGUGGUAAAUUCUAAGAAAAAGCUCAUAACGGAAGCCAAACAAGCAAAGGCUAAGAAAAGCGAAGUUUUCAUCGAUAAACUCUCGGCCUUCCACGUAAUUGAACGAUGCAUGAGCGGACCAGCGAAUCGAACUCGUUUGACCAUCGCCCGUCUGGCAGUCUCAAUCAGCGAUCCCAAGCAGAGUUUGACACCGGAAAGUUACGAGAAAAUUCGUCUCCUAUUGGAUCAAAUCGAUACCCUGUCCAAUUUACAGAGCAAACUUCGGCGAUUGUGUGACAUACAGUUUCUGUUUUGGCAUCAAUCUUUUUUCGCACUCCACGUGGCCGAGUAUUAUGACCAGGCGUACGCGCAAAACAAUUUGAAAUAUUUGGUUCAGACUGCAUCAAAUUGUACCGAUUCUUUGGGAAAAGUUUCUGCAACAGAUGAUAAUAUGCAGAAAACAGUCGCCAAAUUGGCGAAAUAUCAUCGCAAGACUUUCAGCGAAUCAUUAAUGAAUCAAAUUAGCAACCAUAUUGAGACGUACAUUAGGUUGGACUAUUAUGGAAAGACUGCUCAAAUCGAACCGUUUAAUCCGUUUAACGAUACUUCAAUGGCACUGAACAACAUCCAUUCGUUGGUUCGAAUGGAACCACUUUUGGUGGGUGGUCAAUACCUGUGUAUCAAAGAGCACGUGAAACGAUACCUCAGUAAUACGUACUACACGCUGGCGUCAAUUUCACAGCACGACUGGAAGAUCUACAAAGAGAUGCGCUGUCAGGCUGCCAGUUAUCAGAUCGAAAGCAUCGAGGAUCAGCUGCCCAAGCAAACGCUAGAACAGGGACUGGAUGUGCUGGAGAUUAUGCAUAACAUUGAACAGUUUGUCAGCCACUACGUGUACAAUCUGAACUUCCAGAUCUUCAUCGAACAGUCUAGCAACAAUAACUUCCUGAACACAGUCAGCAUCGGCCACAUUGCCAAUUCGCUGCGCCGGCACGGAAAUGGAAUUAUCAAUACGACAGUGAAUUACACGUUCCAGUUUUUGAGACAGAAAUUUUUCACAUUUUCACACUUUCUGUUCGAUGAGCAAAUCAAGGCUCGGCUGACGAGUGACGCCAAGUAUUUCUUGGAGAAUGCCGAGGCGCUGAACCAGACGUACGAUUACGAACGGGCACACGCGUUCAAUCGAAGAAUCAAGAAUUUGGGUCUUUCCGAUGCUGGCGAAACGUACAUGGAUCUGUUCCGCAAACUGAUUUGUCACAUCGGAAACGCCAUGGGCUACGUGCGGAUGAUUCGAUCCGGAGCGCUUCACGAGUGUACCGAGGCAACGGUCUAUCUACCGAUGAUCGAUCAACCACUGAACUUUACCGCUUACACCAAAGAGGAAGUUCUGCACGAUACGACCGUCAGUGCUGCUGAAAUCCUAGAGCACGACAUCAACAGUUUGUGCAACAACUAUCGCAUCGAUACCAACUACUUCCGGUUGUUGGUGAACGCGUUUCUUACGCUGCGCCAUGCGGAAAAUAUUCACCUGCAGAACUUCUACAUGAUCAUUCCGCCGUUGACUAUCAAUUUUGUGGAGUAUAUUGUAAAGGCGAAGGAGAAAAUCACCAAGAAGGAUAAGAUUGGUGCAUUAUUUACGGAUGAUGGAUUUGCAAUUGGUCUUGCCUACAUCCUUAAGCUUCUGGACCAAACGACCAAGUUCAACUCGCUGCACUGGUUCCGCUCGGUCAAGAACAAGUACAACCGCGAGCUCGAAAAGCUGGACGCCCAACAGGCUCAGUGCGUCAAGACGAGCAACCACGGCGAUAGCGAAAAGUUGCUCCAAACGGUAGCGCUGAGUCGGCGUCGACUCAAGAUGGUCCAGCAGGAGUUUGAUCUGCUGUUUUGCAACCUGAGCAGUGCGAAGAUAUUCUUCAACGAUGCCGUCGACUAGUGGAGAGACAAAGAAUGAUUUCAAUAUCACACAUUUAUUGAAAAGUAUACUGUUUUUUAUUCAAA